AAUGUAAUCCCUGAGCCUGGUGAACCUGGGAUGCCUGGAGAGAGAGGAGAGAAGGGGGAGCAAGGGACCCCAGGACCCAUGGGUCAGGGAGGGCUUCCUGGUGAACAAGGCUUUAAUGGACCAGCUGGGUUGGCGGGUCCUCAGGGAGAGACUGGACUGACGGGAGAGACCGGACGAGUUGGAGACCCCGGUCCACCAGGUAUAGCUGGUCCUUCGGGUCUUCGUGGAUUACCAGGGAAUGUGGGCAUCCCCGGGAUCAUCGGGCCUCCGGGUCCAUCCGGACAGAGAGGAGACAAGGGCUGGGCCACUCACUAG